AUUCAACCUGGAUUUCACCAAUGCGACAAAAUACACGGAAGAUGGGAUCAUUUACUCUCUGCCGGUUUUUCAACGGUGCUAUGCAAGCUCUAGCUCAUGAUGAUGGAUCCAUUUGGUUUACGCACAUUCUGUUUUGUUUUCAUAAACUAAGGUUUCCUAAAGAAUUGCUAAUCAUCUAGUCAUACUUCUAUGAAUUUGCAAAAAGAUGAUGGCGAUCCUGCCAAAAGCUCAAAUUUGGCAAACAGGUAAUCCAUGUGUGAGAUUUUGGAUUUGUGGAUGCUAUGUAUAGGCCUUGUUAAUGCCCUAUGGUUACAGGCAUAAUUUAGGCAUGAGCUCUAUAGAAAACAAUUUGAACGCAAAUAAUGAAUUCAACAGUUCCGAGGACCAUGAAAUGAAGGAAUCAAUUUCUCGUGCAAAGGCACAACAGAAGGAAAUUCUUCUUCUCCGUGAGCAAAUUGCUCUUGCCAGUGUUAGGGAAUCUCAGCUUUUAAACGAUAAGUAUACACUUGAGAAGAAAUUUUCAGAACUACGAAUGGCUUUGGAUGAGAAACAAAGUGAGGCUAUAGCUUCUGCUUCAAAUGAACUGGCCAGGAGAAAGGGUGAUCUAGAACAAAAUCUUAGAUUGGUAAACGAGCUAAAGGACGUGGAGGAUGAAAAAUAUGUUUUCAUGUCAUCUAUGCUUGGCUUACUGACAGAAUAUGGCAUUUUCCCCCACGUUGCUAAUGCCUCUACUCUGACCCAUUGCAUAAAGCAAUUGCAUGAUCAACUGGAGAUGAAGAUAAGGACUGCACAUGCUAAAAUUGCAACCUUGAACUCUCUGGCAGCUAAUGGGUCUCUCAAUGUGGGUUCUUUUGGUUCUAUCCCCAUUAAUAAUCAACUUCCAGACAGCUCUAUGCAUCUGGAUGAACGGGUUUUAGAUGGGCAAGGGAAUAUUGGCACACAAAUGAGCAGCUUAUUGCUCAAUCCCAAUGUGUCUCAGUUACCAGAUAGUGAAAGUCACCUUAUUCACUCAUUUAAUAUGUAUAGGAAUAAUACUCCAAACAACUCAAAAAAUUUGUUUAGUAGAAAUGGGUUAACUGAGAGUUAUGGGGAGAAGCCCACUGAACCCGAUCAGUUUCCCAGGAGCAAUGAACUAUCCAACUCUCUGAGUGCAGAAGGAAGGAGUCCUGGUAUAGAAGGAUUCCAAAUCAUUGGAGAUGCUAAGCCAGGUGGUAGACUUCAAGGCUGUGGAUACCCUGUUCAAGGAACUUCUCUUUGUAUGUUCCAGUGGGUCCGCGAUAAUCCUGAUGGUACUAGGCAGUAUAUUGAAGGGGCCACAAAUCCUGAAUACAUUGUGACAGCUGAUGACGUUGAUAAACUAAUAGCUGUUUUGUGCAUACCUAUGGAUGAGCAAGGACAUCAGGGAGAGCUUGUGAGUCUUUUUGCAAAUGAUCAAAAUAAGAUAACUUGUGAUCAUGGCAUGCAAUCGGACAUUGAUACUAAUAUUUCCAAUGGCAAAGCUGCAUUUGAUGUUUUAAUGUUGGUUGAUUCUUCUGAGAAUUGGGAACCAGUAACUCUCUUUUUGAGUCAAUCAAGCUUCCAGGUCCAAGUACAUAGAUCACAACUUGUUGUACUUGCAGAGAAGUACUCAAAAGAUUUGUCAGUCAAAAUUCCAAGUGGGCUAUCAUCUCAGUUCGUUAUAUCAUGUCCUGAUGGGUCAUCACACCCCUUUAGCACCACAAACAAUGAUGUCAGAAUGCGUGAUGCACUUGUACUGACAAUGAGAAUCUUUCAAAGCAAGGCAUUGGAUGAAAGGAGGAAGGCUAAAGCGUAGUUUAUUUACAGCCAUUUUUCAUUCUUUUGAGGAAUCAGGAAAGGUUGGCAAUUGUUACACACAGUUGUUGUCAAUAAGUUGGCUUAGACUUGCUUGUAGUUAUGGUCAAUAAAUGCACUCAAUGUUGGACCAUGCAGUCAUGCACCAUAUAUUUGUACCGAUAUACCCCUUCAUUUUAUCAUUUUUGUAUCCCUAAAGAGCACUCAAAUUCGAUGUAAUAAUCUAGUAUGUUGAAACCAUUAGUUAAAAUGAGAAAUUGCGUAAUGUAUUUCAAUUACUUUCCUAAAGAAAUGUUGGAUAACAAUGCUAAGAGAUUGUUUAGGAAA